AUGCAGAUUCAAGUUCGCCCGUCCGUGGCCACGGGUCCUGGCAUCUCUUGCACAUUUUCGCCUCAGCGAUUUCACUGCCUUGGCCGCCGCCUCGUCGAGCUCGGUGGCAUGCUCUCUGUCGUUGUUUCAAUUGGCAUCAGCACCUGCGCCCUCGCUAUCUUUGCCUCGUAUCUCGAGACCGACUUUUUCGUGCCCAACUUUAGCUCAGCAACACCGAUCCUCGUCGCCAUCCUCAACCACCACCUCGCUCUCUCCAGGUCCGGCGCUAUCGACGUCCUUGCACCUCAAUCCGCUUUUGUACCGUCACUUCAAGGCGCGAGUCCGGCGUAUCCGCGCCUCAUCAUGUACCAGGAGCUCACCCGUCUUCUUGAUGGGGUGCGGGGUCUGCGACGCCUUGGCGCAACGCAGGUCGUCAAGAUGGUCUCGCCCUACUGCUGGGCCGACCUCAACAAGACGUACGAGCUCGCAUACACGACCAAGCGCCAAGCGCGAUGUGCUCUGUAUGAAGCCACGAACGGCGCUGUACACCUCGAGACGGUGCUCCGCAACAUUGAUUUCAGCGGCUUUCUGGACGCGACCCAAGGACUCUUUCUGUCGACUAUAGCGCAUCCGAUUGCGCAAAGUGGGUCGGCUGGCGCAGCGUGGCUCUCGACUCUAGAGACGCACGUGUGGACGCCCGAGGCAGACGAAGUGGCACUCUGGGCGUCGUACGGGCUUGAGCGCUAUACGCUGCAGUACGGCACCGGUAUCAGCAUCGGCGUGUCCGAGUCGAUCUGGGUCGAGACAGCACUCGGACAGAUAUUGUCGUUGCCGCUCAAGACAAUAUCGACGACCAAUCGGUGGACGUUUCGAACGACCAAGGUCCUCUACAAUCUCUUGUACAACGACUUGUACGCCAUUGGGUCCAACCAGAGUCUCGUUCGGGGUACGACCAACUACUUUGGCGACGUGGACGCGAGUCAGAUUGAGGCGUUCGCUAUGCAACCUCCGCUCAAACCAGUACAACAGGCCAUCCACAACAACCUCGGACCGUUCGGCAGCAUUGACGUCAAGUGGGUACCGCCACCACCGCGCCUCCUCACCGCUGUGCAAGCGUUUGAAGCGACCCUCGUCGCAGCACUUGUGACGUCGACCACAAUGCCAUCGGUCGACAUGUCCCGCGAGACGCUGCUCGUGACGCCACGCCGCUGGCUAAAUCGUGAGCUCGGCUUUGUCUCGGGCAAUCCCAUGUGCACUCUGGGACGACCGCAGAGCUUUGUGCAGCAAACAUUUCGAUUCGACGACGUCUGCGGCAGCCAGGCACCGUUGACCCUCGAGUGGCACAGCUUCAACGCUGUCUUUGCACUUUGGCUUCUCGGUGGCUCGGUGUCGACGACUGACUGA